AUGAGGAUCCUCUACAAACGGUUGCGCAUGGGUGCGCCAUGUUGCGCCGUGAAGCUGCAUGUUGAGGCGGAGGCCUGUGUGGCCAAAGAAGAGCUGAGGGCGACCAGGGAAGAGCUCUUGAAGAGUCAGUCACAGGUUGUCCGGCCGCCCUGCACACAUGUCAGCCCUUCGAUCAAUGCAUGGCCAUUGCUGUUACCAUUAAGUUUGGAGAGCUUUCACAUGAGGUCUGGAAUGGGACAGGCGAACCUGUCGACAUUCAGGAUGAUCCGAUGUGAGAGUUAUCAUGCAUGCUGUGGGGUUUGGCCAGGAGUCAAGGCUGUGGCCCUGGAAUUUCUGACAUGUGGGAGUUUCUGGUCUGCUUUGAUACGAGGACGGCACCCCGCGAUCAUCGGCCUCAUCCGAGGCAUGCUGCGCAAGCACUUGGUGAGUCUGUAUACAGCCAAGCUCACACUCAUGGUCGGUUCUGAUCUCCAGAAGUUGAAGGCCGCGUUGGCCGCCGCCCAGGCGGAGGCCUGCGUGGCCAAAGAAGAGCUGCGGGCGACCAGAAAAGAGCUCUUGAAGACUCAGCGUGAGGUGCACGAAAGAGACUGCCAGCUGGUCCGGCUGCAAAUGGAGCGGCUUCAGCUCCAGAGGGGUAUAGUGGACGCCCAGUGGGAGGCGCAGGUCUGCGCCGCUCGCGCCAUCAAGAAGGUGCGCCGGCUGGAUUGCGUUUGGUGGCUUUUGCAUGACGUCAUGCGCAUGGCUGGGGAUGGCACAGUCGCAGUUCGAUAG